CGCAACGAGCAACCGCUGUGCUUCUCCAAGGCAGGAGCUUGGGGAGGGCGGAGCCGGAGGCCGAGGGCUAGAGCCAGAGAGCACCGCGUGGGAGGAUUGCGCAGGGCCAGGCGCGCGUGCAGGCGGUGCGCGGCUGUGCAGGGAGCGGUGGUGGAGCUUGCAAGGCUGUGCAGAGCCCGGGUGGGUGCAUAAAGCAGAGAGGGGCAGGACAGGGGGCAGGACAUUGUACUGGGCGUUGCAUUGGGCGUUGCACUGGAGGUGCAGGGCUUUGGACAUUGAACUGGGGGUGCAGUGCUCUGGGCGGUGCACGGGGCGGUGCAGGGCGCAGGGCAGCUGACAGCGUCAUCAGGCGGGAGCAGAGCGCGCUCCGCCUCAGCAGCCACCGCAUCGCGCUGCGCGCAGCGGGUCCUGGAGCUGCUCCUGGAGACCUGCGGCUCUGAGCCGGCUCUCCCCAGGUAUCUCCUGGUCAAUAGCUGGAGUUCUGAAGCAACAUGCCGGAACAGAGCAAUGACUACCGGGUGGCGGUGUUUGGGGCAGGUGGUGUCGGCAAGAGCUCCCUCGUUUUGAGGUUUGUGAAAGGGACCUUCAGGGAGAGCUACAUCCCAACUGUGGAAGACACCUACCGGCAGGUGAUCAGCUGUGACAAGAGCAUCUGCACACUGCAGAUCACCGACACUACCGGGAGCCAUCAGUUCCCGGCCAUGCAGCGGCUGUCCAUCUCCAAAGGCCACGCCUUCAUCCUGGUCUACUCCAUCAGCAGCCGGCAGUCCCUGGAGGAACUCAAGCCCAUCUAUGAGCAGAUCUGCGAAAUCAAGGGGGAUGUGGAGAGCAUCCCCAUCAUGCUGGUGGGUAACAAGUGUGAUGAGAGCCCCAACCGCGAGGUCCAGAGCAGCGAGGCAGAGGCCCUAGCCCGCACGUGGAAGUGCGCCUUCAUGGAGACAUCGGCCAAGCUCAACCACAACGUCAAGGAACUCUUUCAGGAACUACUCAACCUGGAGAAGCGCAGGACCGUGAGCCUCCAGAUCGACGGCAAGAAGAGCAAGCAGCAGAAGAGGAAGGAGAAGCUCAAGGGCAAGUGCGUGGUCAUGUGAGAGGCCUUGGUGCAGAAGGAGCGGCUGCCCUUCUGGCCUCUCUCUACCUCCCCUCUGUGAACCCCACUGUCGUCAGGGCAGCAUGUCCGAUGCCCGUGUGUUAAACAUUGCAUUUGGCUGCGACACACCCUGCAACGUCUCUAAGAGGCUUUCCACACACCCCACUAGCCCACCCCUCAGGAGAUGCAGAAUCUAGGAUGCUCUGAGCAUCCCAGGAAGCCAAGGCCAGUCCUGUGUGGGCUUCAGCCAUUUGAAGAUGAGGGGACUCAGAGCUGUGGACACAAGAGAAGCUGAGAGAGUACUGUCUGACGCCUGUGUGUGUGACAGCAGGUUAGCCCAUAGCUACUGGUACCAUUCCACUUCAGGCAACUUAGUUCAGAAGCCACUAACACCUUUAGGGGAGGAGCAGGCAGACAGUCGAAGGAGGCGAGAAACCAGUGGGUCCAACAUGGACCUGGGGAUCUCAGUGGUUCCCGUGAGUGGAUGUUUAGUGGAAUUAAAAGAUAAAAGAUCAUAACCCCUAUCUCAGUGAUGCUCAUGCUAUUCCUACUGACACACACUGAGGGGUUGUCCCCUCAUCCUCUAAGCCUUCUUAGUAAGCACCGUAUCAGCCUGUUAGGAGUCUACACUUCACAUAUAACGCCAAGGCCACUUGUGGCAUGAUGCUGUGUCAGCACUUCAGUUUUUGAGUCAGGACAUUGUGACGUCAUGUAAACAUCGCAAUAAUGCUAGCCCCUGUGUGUAUGUGUGUGUGUUUGUGUACACGCACAAGUGCGCAUGUGUGUGCUAAACUUUGAGGGUUCUAGAAAUGUGAACUUUCUUUCUUCUGACCUUCGAGGGUUGCCACUUCUUCCAGCCCUCCGAUUUUUAAAUAAAAGGAAAUAAAGUAGGCAUUUUUUUUUAGACUCCCUCUUGCCCUCCCCCAAGGUGGUUUUCUUGUCUUAAAUAACUCCAUGUGUACCCAGCUGGGAACCAGCCAACCAAGAGCAUCUAAUAACUAGAAGCACAUCCAUUUUUCUAAAUGACGUGAACUUAUGAAUGCUGUGCGGUUGCACCUUAAUGAAAUACUUUGAAACAGACGUCGCUCACUGUGUUUUUAACGAUUUAUCUACAUUGGAAGUAGAUUGCUAGAAAAUACAUCUAAUUCAUAGUAAAUCUUCUCCACAUUCCUUGCUAAAUGUCCUUAAGAGUUCCUCAGUGCAGCAUGCACCCCAAAAACAAUCCUCUCCUACGGACUUUGAGCGCACCCCAUAUUCUUCAGAAGGAAUCAUAGCCACUGCUUGAGGGAUCAGCCGCCACGGUGGCUGCAGGUAGGUUAGGCUUUUUCUCUCUCUCCUGGGCACAGUGCCCACUGCUCAGUAUAAUUCGCCUGCCAUCCUGGAGUCUGGCUGGGUUUUGAUUCUCGGAAAUUCUUAACUUCCAUAGCCAACGAGAAGGCACAUGCUGGUCUCGGGUGCCAGCUCGACCAUUCUCUAAGCCAUCUUACCACUGACCAGUCCACAGGUAGAGGAGGCUGUAGCACUGUGUGAGACUGUACAGUACUCUCGUGGCCAGCGGGCAGCGGUCCCAAUGCUGGGGCAGGGCGUGUUGGUAGGCCUCACUCCACCUCUGAAGCACACUGUGUUCAAACACCCUCACUUCCUUCAGACCGCUAUAAUUCAGUCCCCGAGUCUGGUCUGGCCCUCUCUGCUCUGUCAAUCAUAACUCACCCUGGUGACAUGCUGAGGGCCAGGGAAGUCCCUCAGAAAAUCGUUUGCCUCAGCGAUCUUACUAUCCACUUGACUCCUAGAACAAAACCCUCGGGGUUACCUGGGCAAGCAGCUACACUGAGAGACGAGAAAGCCCAGGAACCAAGCAAGAGCCUGGAGUGCUGUGCGCUCUCCAGACCCACCCGAGUCUCUUCCCUCAUCUCUGCCUGUUCCCAGUGGCCAUUCCCUACCACAGUGAGACAGAGUUGUGGAACUUUCUAGAAUGUCUUCAAUUUGUUGUUCCAUUUCUCCUCUCAGAGAAAACUUAUCAGCUUGUCAUUUAGAGUUGGGAACAGCAAUGAGGGAAAGACCACGACUCUGUGGAUGAUGUGACAUAUCCGUUAGAUACACAUCAUAUAGGAUAUAUACAUUUGUGGUGAUCCCUUUGUGGUAAAAUCCUGUCUGUCCUACUGACUAUAACCACGCUUCAGACAUGAGCGUCACUACACGCUUCCCUGUUUCCAGUGGCCCCACAUCAGUGUUCCUUCAGCCCUGUAUGUCCGUCUCCAUAUUCCUAAGCAUUUCAGUCUCCAUUGGCAUGAGGGUCUUGCUCCAGCUCCGUUCACAGUCUUUGCUCCUCUCUGUGCUGCCUGUGAGUUUAGAAGGUGGGAGGGAGGUGAGUGAAGCCUCCCUCCUUGGGCUUCAUUCUGACCCUAUGUUCUAUAGCUUGAGCUGAGCACUGGGUAGCUAUCUUAACAUUGCCUUUGGCAAACUUCCCUCUGACUCAGGGGCUGAGGACACAGUACACUACCGGGCCAGUGGCUUUCAACCUUGCUUUGGUCCCAUCCCGAGUCGUGAAGCUGAGGCUCUUGGUAACAUCCUACAUUGCACAUGGGACUGGGGACCUCUGACCCAGCCCCAGCUCGUUAUAAAACUUGAAAUAUUGCUUUGAAGAAGGCACUCUGGGGUUAAGCACGGGACUCCAUGAGUUCCCUAAUCCCCGUUGGUCCCCUCUCCAUUCAGUGACAAGCCAUGGGCACGCAUCCAAUGCAUCAAGACCCACACAAGAGCAAUAUCCAAUUGUCCACUAGAUCUAAAAAUUAUAUAUGUAUAUGAUUAUGUAAUUUAUCUUCCUGCACUUUUGAAGCAUAAAGUAGUAAAUUGUACAUAUCUAUCUCUAUAUAUCAAUAUGCUAGUAUAUCGGUUUCACUAUUUGUAACAUUCUUUGUAGAAGGAAAUGUACUAAAUAUUUUAAAAUCGCGCUGUGAUAUUCCUCCCUACCCCAAGUUUGUAAAGUGUUGCUCCUACACAAGCUGUCUGGAAAUACUCAAAGCCAAAGGGGCUUAUGGAACUCCUACAGGAAGGACACCUCCUGGGAUUCAGUAGCCCACAAAGACCUUGUGCAGAGUGCUAGUUGGCAUGUGAGAUGCUGGCACAGGCUUCUACUUUGGCCCUUGCUGUUCCAGUUCCACUUUUGGGUGUGUCUGACACACUCUGCGGUUAUGAGGAUCACAUUGUAUAUGGUUCUAGCAACAGCGAUGGCCCCAAUCCACGGAACCAGUUACAAUAAAGCUCAGUUACGGCACCCUGGA